UCCAAGCAGAAAACCUUUUCCAUUCGUCUGCGCUGUAGUGUCUAAUCGAUUAUUUUCUUCAUAAUUUCUGUAAAUUCACACAGUAUUGUACUUUUGGUGCCUAAUAAUCACUGAUCAAAAUUCAUAGAAUAUGGAUCGUAUUUCAUCUGGUUGGACAUCGUCUUAUUUCAAAAAUACGAAUGAAUUUCCAUAGUGCAGUUCUAGGUUAGCAUUCUAUAGACUCAGUUGUAUUGGCAAAGUGAUUAUAAUGUUAAGGUUAGAAUGACCGGUGCCAGUGCCAGGUCAUUUUUGUUUGUUUUCCCUUGUAAUGAAUUCGUGCCAAAAAUAAUUAGUUCAUAAAUCUUCACGUUUGGCAGAUAUCGGAUAUAAAACAAGUGAUGAGUCGUCAUUUCGCCAUUUCAAUUUACUCAAGGAACUUCUUAUUAUUGAUGUGUUGUCUUGCUAAAUCACCGUGACAUUUGUGUUUUUAAAUAUUUAUUUUUAAUUUUCCAGCAUUGACAUUAUAGGAAUAGGAUUUUUAAAAUUUUAAAUAUGAAGCUGUUCGUGUUCGAUUUAGGUUAGUUUUUAGUUGGAACUAAUAAUGUGCAGUUGUGUCUUCAUAACUUGAUAGACCACAUUUUCGAAAUCAUGGAUUUCGACUCGGAUCAGAGCCUCAAAGAAUGGGCUAAGGAUAAACCUUUGAGUAUUCUACAGCUGGAUCCUGCAGAUAGAGCCGUUCUAAAGAUAGCAGAUCUCCCCAACUAUCAAAACGGAUCAACUACUGCUCUUUCCAUCGCAGAUUUCCCCAACUAUCAAAACGGAUCAACCUCUGCUCUUUCCAUCGCAGAUUUCCCCAACUAUCAAAACGGAUCAUCUACUGCUCUUUCCAUCGCAGAUUUCCCUACUAUCAAAACGGAUCAACUACUGCUCUUUCCAUCGCAGAUUUCCCCAACUAUCAAAACGGAUCAACUACUGCUCUUUCCAUCGCAGAUUUCCCCAACUAUCAAAACGGUCUUACACCGAUUGCUAUUCGACUUAUUUUUAUGUUCUUUCUAUUUCUUGUUUCCUUAAUAAACAAUUUAUUGACUUACUCUUUCACCUCAAAUACUCUACUCUCUCAGCCUUCCUAUUGCAAAUUCUCCUCAAUUCAACAUCCAUCCAUUUUGUUACUCAAUUUCUUUUAUUGACCUGCUACAGAUCCCUUAAAUUUAUCUAUUUCUUUUACUGAUCACUGAUUGCUCUCACU